UUCCUCUUUAAUCUUUAAUGUAAUUAAUUACAAAUUAUUCCUUUGAAAAUCACAUGACCUAUAAAACAUUAACAUCAAUUUGACUAAUUUCUCGUAAAAUCGCUGUUCAAUACACAACAAGAUAAAAAUUAAUGGUGGUAAGGUUUAGCCCUUUUUCUCUGAAACUGUCUCAACAGCCUCAUAAUCAUGAAUUUUCAUGUUUCUCUAAACAAGUAGCUGUUAGCUGUAGCUAUGGACUGAAAAGGUUUGACCUUAGAAGGCCACAGAUAUUGUCUUCUGCUUUUGGAGGAAAGUCUAAUGGUUUGCGUGUGUUUGUGGUUUCUGAUUUGCAUACUGAUUAUGAUGAGAAUUUGAAGUGGGUGGAGUGUUUGUCAAAUGUGAAAUAUAAGGAUGAUGUGCUUCUUGUGGCUGGUGAUGUUGCUGAGACAUAUAGCAAGUUUGUUGUUACAAUGUCUCUUUUGAGAGAGAGAUUUGAACAUGUCUUCUAUGUUCCGGGAAAUCAUGAUCUUUGGUGUCGUCGCGAGGGACAAAACUAUGUUGAUUCGGUUGAAAAGUUUAACAAAUUGCUCGAAGCAUGUAAGAGAAUUGGAGUCGAGACAAAUCCAAUGGUUGUUGGUGCAUUAGGGAUCAUUCCUUUGUUCUCUUGGUACCAUGAGAGCUUUGAUAAAGAGGAGGACAUAACAGGCUAUCGCAUCCCGUCUUUGGAGAUGGCAUGUAAGGACUUCUAUGCAUGUAACUGGCCCAAUGGACUUUCAAAUGGAGAUACAUCCCUCUCUCUAUAUUUUGAUGCACUCAAUGAUAAACAAACGGAAAGUAUAAAGGAGAUUCAGAAGACAUGUGAUCACAUCAUUACCUUUUCCCACUUUGUUCCAAGGCAAGAACUUUGUCCAGAAAAGAGGAUGUUAUUCUAUCCCAAGCUUCCGAAAGUAAUUGGUUCAGACCCUCUUGAAGAUAGAAUAAGGUCUAUACAUGGUGCUCAGGGAAGAGAGCAUGCAUCUUCUUGCCAUGUGUUUGGUCAUACUCACUUCUGUUGGGAUGCUGUUGUAGAUGGCAUAAGGUAUGUACAAGCACCCUUAGCUUAUCCAAGAGAAAGAAAGAGAAGAAUGAAUGGAGGAGACAAAUGGCUACCAUUUUGCCUCUAUGCUGACAAAAAGUUCUCUCGUAAACUCAAUCCUUGCUUUUGGUCUGAUUAUUACUCUCUCAUUCCCAGAACACCUCAUAACACAAAGCUUGCUCCUUGGGUAGCCAGAUUUUACAAGCUAAAGAAAACCAUAGAUGUAUAGUGUUCACUAUUUAUUUUUGUUGGAAUAAGUAACAUUGCAUUAUUCAUUAAGUUGAAACUUGUACUCAAGUGAAUUACUGAAACUUUCAAAAACUUGUAUUUUCUUAUGUUUUGCACACUUGUAUUAGUUAAUGGCAAUUGUCUCAUUUUAUUCAAUAUUUGAAGCAGACAAUACAACACAGUUACACAGUUACACAUACCCUGAGACCCCAAAAAACAGUAGGAAUAUUAAAAUACAUAAUAGGAAACAGAAAAGGGGUAAAAA